AUGAUAUGUCCAUUAUACUUAUUGGAUUCCAUCAAUAAUUGCAAUGAAAGAGUAAUAAAGAGAGCAUAUGAAAGACUGGAGGGUAAACAAGUACAAACUAAAUUAAAUUAAGAAUCUAGUAGAGGUGUGUUAAUAAUUGAAAUAAUCUCUAAGGACACAAUUAAGUUUACAAAACGUUCAGGAAAAAAAGACGGAUAGUAAAUUUCUAUUAAAUAUUUAACAGAUACCAGUUCGUUAGCAUUAUUGCUAUUAGCACUUUGCAGCUAUAAAUUAAAUGAUUUUAAUUUAAGUCAUUUGAUCUCUUACUUCGGAUGUUCUCAAGAGACUCCAUCAAUAGAUUCACAAGAAUUCGAUUAGGUAGAAUGGCUCAAAUUAGAAUUAGAAUGGAUAUCGAUACAAUCCUUAUAAAAAAUGAAUCAGUUAUAAGAAUGCAUUGCCAAAAUAGAGAUUGUUUUAAAUUAAAUAUCAAAGAGCAAGAAUAAAAAAACGUGGGCUUAAUUAGAGAGUAUUUUAUAGUAGAAGAAAUCCUAUUUGUAAGAUUAUGUUGAUAAUAAAUUGAAAUAAUUUUAAAUGUAUACUGAUGAAGAGAAGGCUGCUUUAGCAAAAAAAUUAUAAUAAUUAUUAAUAAAAUAGGAAUAGGAUCGAUAUUUUGAAUAAGAGGGUUAUCCUGCUUAUUUAGUUAGUUCUCAAUGGAUAGCACGAUUUAGUUUAUACACUAAAUAUUAUGAAUUAACAAAGGAAAACCCAGAUCAAUUGAAGUCCUUCAUAGCUAAAAAGAAUAACUCAAUGGAAGAUGAAACAUUUGUAGAAAUAUUUAAAUAAUACUGUAAUCAAUAAACAUAUGAAGAAUUGGAAAGAAUAUCAAAUUCAACUCAAAAUAAUAGUGACAUUCAUAUCUGUCCAAUAUAUAAUGAUGAUUUAAUUGAUAUAUAAACAUAAUUUGAGAAGGAUCCAUUAAAAGCAAAAAGCUAUUCCAAUUAUGCUUUAAACAAAUCUAUUAGAGAGAAUUAGAAUUUCAUAUUUGUAAGCAGUUAGAUAUGGAGAUUAUUAUAUGCAUUAUUUGGAGGAGUUGAAAUAAAAAGAAUCAUCUUAUGUAGAAGUAGACAUGCAGUUGAAACCCACUUAUUUCAAGUUAGAUGCUAAUUAUUCCCAUAAGUAUAAUAAAGGAUAAUAAAUUUAUAAUUUAAUGGAAACGAAAGAAUGGAAGACCUUGUUAAUAAAGUAAAUAGGAUAACUAAUUAAAAAGUCAGAAAUAUUUGGAAGAUUCCUAAAGAAGCCAACUAAGAGGAAUUAAUGAAAAUUUAGUUGAUUGUUGGUACAAAAAUAAGUAGAGAUAACAUAUUAGAAUAAGCUGAGAUAGGACCUGAGGAAGUGUUACUUUUAGAAUUAGAGUAAGACUAAUAUAGAUUAGAAAAAAAAGAGAAUUUAUAAACAAUAUCAAUUCCUAAUAAAUGCAUGAGUUGUGGUAAUCAGGAUUCUCAACUCUAUUUAUGUGAAUGUAGAAGUGUUAAAUAUUGUAAUGAAACUUGUCAAGCUCAAGAUUUAAAGAACCAUUAAGAUAUUUGUAAAAAAAUCAUUGAAAAGGAUUCCUUAAUCAAUCAAUUAGCUAAGAAAUAUAAAGUGAAACCCCCAGCUAAAAUAGUGAAAAAUUCAGCCAAAGGAAUCUGCGGAUUAAGUAAUUUAGGAAAUACUUGUUUUAUGAAUUCGAGUUUGCAAUGUUUGAGUAAUGUCACUGAAUUGACUGAAUAUAUGAUAUACAAUACUUUUCUCUAAGAUUUAAAUGAGAAGAAUCCCUUAGGCACAGGAGGGCGAUUAGCAUGCAAUUAUGCUGAAUUAUUGAAAGAACUUUAUGAAUCAACAUCAACCAGUGUAGCACCUUGGAAUGUUAAAAAGAUAAUUGGAUAACAAGCUCCUCAAUUUAAUGGUUAUAGUUAAUAGGACUCUCAGGAACUACUCUCAUAUUUAUUAGAUGGUUUGCACGAAGACUUGAAUAGAAUUAAAAAGAAGCCUUACAUUCCAGAUGUAGAAUACAAGGGUUAAAGUGAUUAGGAAUUUGCAGAUCUCUAUUGGGAUAAUCAUAAAAAAAGAAAUGAUUCUAAAAUUACUGACCUCUUUACAGGAUAAUUUAAAUCCAGAGUAGAAUGUCCUGAGUGUAAUUUUGUGUCCAUUACGUUUGAUCCUUUUGUUACAAUUUCAUUGCCUAUUCCAAGUAAAGAAUUUGUUUAAUUCCAAUUUUAUUUAAUUUUCAGAGAUUCUAAGUAAACACCACUGAAAAUUUAACAAACCUUGUAAUCAACAUAGACAGCUGGUGAAAUAAUAGAAAUUAUUUCAAAACUUAAGAAUAUCAAGGCUGAAUAUCUAAAAUUCUAUUCAUUACAAGAUUCAGCUAUAAUCGACAACGGAAUUUCAUCAGAAUAAACCAUCAAGUAAAUUAAAGAGUCUUAAGCCACAACAUUUUUAUAUGAGGAAUUUGAUGAAAAAAUAGAUAAACCAAUCUCUAAAUAUGAUUCCAAAAUCAAAUCCCCGUAUCAUUAAGUACUUUGUAAUGUUAGAAAAUUCGAAGAGAACAGACUGAAUCAAUAAAAUUAUAGAAUAUCUUUUACAAGGAUUUGUUAUGUCGAUAGUCAAACAACAUAUUAAGAACUACACCUGAUAAUAUAUUAGAUCUUUAGAACUCAUAUAUUAUAGAUUAGUGACAUCACUUCUAAUUUAAAUUUGAACAAGGAAUUUGAACAGUUCUUAAAGAAUAUAAAAAAAUGCAUUUACAAAGAUGAAUUUGAAGAAUAUUAGGAGUUAUUAAAAUUAAAAGAAAGUAUAUAUUAACUCCAAGAUGAUAAUAACAAACUUUUACCAUUUACAGAAAAAUAAAUAGAAGGAAAUGGAAAGCCAAUAAUUCUAAACGCAUAAUUUAAAUUGCGUGCCGAACUUUUAAAACUCAAUAGAUGUGUUGAUGCAGAAUUUACACUCUAACUUCCUAAUCAAAGUUCUAUGUAAGCAAUCACUUUGAACGAUUGUUUAAAUCAAUUUUGUUCAGAAGAAGUCUUAGGAGCUGGGAAUGAGUGGUAUUGUUCUAAAUGCAAAAAACAUUAGAAAGCAAAGAAGCAAAUGCAAAUAUAUAAGGCACCCUAAAUUAUGAUUAUGCAUCUAAAAAGAUUUCGAUCCUCAAGAGUCACUUAAUUUUAUGGCACAUAUUCAGUUGGAGGUGUGACUAAGAUAGUGUAAUAUGUAGAUUUCCCUGUUGAAAACUUCAAUAUAUAACCAUUUAUUUUAGAAAAGGAAUCUCAAUAACCAUAUGUUUAUGAUUUAUUCGCAGUUUCCAAUCACUAUGGAGGGAUGGGAGGAGGGCAUUACACUGCCUAUGCCAAGAAUCCAAUGUAUAAUGCUUGGUUUGAUUUUAAUGAUUCUCAAGUGAAAGAGUUAAGAUCAAGUCCAGUCACAGAUGCAGCAUAUGUUUUAUUUUAUAGGAGAAGAAAAGUAAAAUGA